CUAUUCUUAUCUUUCAAACACCACUUCUACUUGACCUUUCUCUCAUCGCAUGGAAAUCAACCAAGAGCAGUUCCGCACCACCCUCGAAGCAGCCGUCCAUCAACAUGCUGUCUACUAUACCGACUGCUACGCCCUGACCAUCCGGUGGGAAGAGGAUGAUACUUCCGCCCAGCAGGAGGCUGCUCGCUUUCAGUCCAUGCUCAGCGCCCUUCAACUCCCCCGCUGCCCGUGAGUUUGUCAUCACCAACACAGACCGAACGCCCGGCUGGAGCGUCAUGGGCGUCUUGGAAGAGGUCGUGAGUAAGGCAGAGAAGACAACCGGACGGUCGGUCGUCAUGGUCCAUUACGCGGGCCAUGGCAUGCUGGGGCCGAAUGGCAACCUUCUGGGUGUGGAAGGCGCCUCUAAUCGUCGCUUUGAUGCCCAACGCUGCCUCGUCGAAAUCCUCGAUCUUCUCGAUUCAACAAUCGUCGACACUCUUUUCGUUUUUGACUGCUGCUAUUCGUUUGCGGCAUGCCGGGCCCCAGAAGUGAGCGGUCGCAUCGUUGAGAUUAUUGGCGCCAGCGACAAUACGCCGCUUUUCACGAACUCUCCCCCUGGAAAUACUCUCACAGCCAAGCUGGAAGGCGAGAUUCGCUUUCGACAGAGACAGGGCCAUCGAUAUAUUGAGUUUGCAGACGUUGUGCAGACCCUCCGAAGCCGGGAAAACGCCGUGAAGCCUGCUCACACAUUGAGAAUAGGGGCCUCAUCUAUCUGUCUACCACUCAAUGGGCUCAAUACAAUUAAUCCGUUGCACAUCCCGCCAACCCAUCGGGCUGUCUUUAGUGUGUACAUCAGCAAUGACAUGAGCCAGCAGGAACUCGACCAGUUCGCGGCUUUGCUUCGAAGCUUUCCACGAAAUGCCUCUAUCACACUUGAUGGCGUGUAUCCGACUGGUUCUAUAUGUCUCAUCUUGAGCUCGGCGUAUGCUGUCUACUCAAAGCUUGCUGGGAUGCAGGGGUACAGGUUUAUUGCUGAAGCAACUGGAUCUAAUCUCCUACGGCAACAAGAGACACCCGGGCUUCUCUUGAAGGAAUAGCUUCAAUAUGCAGAAUCCUAGCUUUGAGGAUCUCACAGUCUUUCCAUCUGAUUCUUAGUAGAAUAAAAACCAACUCUUGUUACUCCAACAUUGGUCUAUACGUCGUUGGAUAGAUGAAAGAAACAAGAAGAUAGGAAGC